GACUGACAUCCAUUAGGGUUACAAGAAUAUGUUAAUUUUCGCAUUUGUCAGUCUCUGGAUUACUCUCCCCGUGGAGGAGUGUGAAGUCUGUUUCUAAUUUAAUCAAACCCUCAGCAUUCAAUAUUCUUAGAAAGAGAUACGAUCUUAUGGAGCCAUGAAGUGCUCUAAGAAUUCCCAUCCCAGCUAACAAACUGCAACAAACAACCCACCCUCACUCAUACACACACCCACACACACACCUUACCCUAAUGUCAGUGUUUUUCCCACCUUCUAAAAUGCCUCCUCUGUGCUCCAAGUUCAUUUUCAGCUCUGACCUCAGAACAGUUUGUUUUUUCCCCUCAUCCCAAACGCAGCUGCAGGCUUUGAUUCGUACAGACGGCUCCUCUGUCAGCCGGAGAGCAGAGGAGGCCCACUGGAACCGUUUUACCAGGUCCGCUCCAAAUGCAUCGGCUGGGUGUGACUGUGUAAGGGGGAACCCGCAGGUCCAAAAUGUACGUGUUCUGAAUAAUGCGCUGUCAUUUCAGAAACUCAGGGGGGAAAAGAAGGGACCAGUGCGGUUAUGAAGCAGCUAUGAAUUAUUAACUCAUCCGGCUCAUUUUUACUGAAACAAGCGUUUGAUGCUAAAGAGAUUCAGACAAAUUAAUGCUACAGGAUAAAACGAGAGGUUUUUCAGUCCACUGCUCUGAAAACUAGACAAUAAAUGCGCCUGCUUUCCAGGAGAGAUAUUCUGUCUCACCCCAACAGAUGGCAUCCACGCAGGUUAAGUUGUGGUGUUUCUUGUGUUUUUUUUCUUUUACAAAUCAACACAAAAAUUCACUUCAAAAUGCCAUAUGAAUUAGAAAUAUUGGUGCUGAGCAGUAACAAAUUGUAGCUACAAGCUGCGAUUGUUUUAUUGUGUUUUUAUCUUCCGGUCACAUUUUUAAAGAAGCUCAGGUGAAACAUUUGGGAAAAUGCACGGUUUGUUGUUUCAGAGCCAUCUGACAGCAACACUCCUGGCCUCCAUCCUGGGAGCCGUCCUCGGGCCCCUGCAGAUCGGCUACCACACUGGCAACGUCAACGCUCCGGCCAGGAUCAUCGAAGAGUUCUUCAACAGCACAUGGAGAGCCAGACACAACCAAUCGAUGACGGAUCACAGCCUGACCCUGCUGUGGUCGCUAUCCGUAAGCAUCAAGGACUUUGGAGCGUUGCUGGCCUCUCUGGGGGUUAAACACCUGGCAGAGUCAUACGGCAGACGAAACUCCAUCCUGAUCGCCAACUGUCUGUCAGUGGCAGCGGCAUGCAUUAUGUUUGCCUCUAAAGCCAGCGGGGCGUUUGAGGUUCUCAUCCUGGGACGGCUGGUGUUUGGCCUGUUCUGCGGUCUUGUGAUGGGUCUAAACCAACUCUACAUCCAGGAAGUGUCCCCUACCAAUCUGAGAGGAGCCUUUGCCACACUCAACCAAGUGUCCUUAGCCUCUGGCAUUCUGAUAGGGGUGGUGGCUGGUCUGGAAACAACGCUGGGCACGAAGAGCAACUGGGCGAUGAUGUUGUCCCUGUCUCUCAUUCCGGCCCUGACACAGUAUCUGGUUCUGCCUUUCUGCCCAGAAAGCCCUCGCUACUUCCUGAUGAACCAGGGAGAGGAAAGGAAAGCAGAAACUGCCCUGCUGAGACUGCGAGGCCACGCUGCCAGAGUGUCCAGCGAGCUGGAGGAAAUGAAGGAAGAGGCUGCACACACCCCGACCCGCGUCACCGUCCGGGAUUUCCUCCAGAAACGGAGCUACAGGGAACCGAUCCUCAUUGUUCUCGUCGUCAACUUAGGGAGCCAGCUUUCUGGAUUCAAUACAAUUAUCAACUACUCCACUAAAAUGUUCCAGGCCACGUUCAAUGAGGCCAAAUAUCUGACUCUAGGUGUGGGAGUUGUCAAUGUCGCCUUCACUUUGGUUGCAUUCUUCUUCAUGGAGCGGGCCGGGAGGAGGAAGCUGUUGCUGAUUGGUUUCCUCUCCAUAGGAGUUUGCAAUUUCCUUAUGACCAUAGUCGACUCUGUUCUGCACCUGGUCCCAGAGCUGCGGAGCCUGCAGGUCCUGCUGGUGUUCUGCGUGAUCUCGGCCUACGAGCUGGGCCCCGGCCCCGUCUCCUGGUUCAUCGCCGCCGAAUUGUUCGACCAGCCCGGGAGACCGAUCGCCAUGGCGCUCACCAGCAUGGUCAACUGGGGAGGGAAGUUCGUCCUCGCCCUCGUCUUCCCUCCGUUGCUGAAAAUCUGCGGGGCCUACGUCUACUUGAUUUUCACGGCCGUGGCUCUGCUCGCCUUCGCCGUCACGUGGCUCCGCCUCCCAGAGACCAAAGGCCGCACGUUCGACGACAUUGCGGAGGAGUUCAGAGGAGCGGAGGGAAUCCCGCUGCACAACAGCGGCGGAUUCAACACCUUCACCUGAGCAGCAGAUUAUAUCUUCUCCAUGACGAUCCAGAAGAAACUGUUAGACUGUCGGCUCAGCCUGCCAACAUAAUAAUAAAGAAAAGAUUCCUCAAAUAUAUAUUUUGUGUGUGGGGAGGGAAGCCACGCCACACCUCAAAUUUAAUUUUUUCUUUUGAUUAAAAUCUUGGAAAAAGAAAUGCAGAGCUCUAGACAAAUGCCAUCUGAAAUAGUCAUAAUCUCUAAAAGAACAUUUUUAAAACAUUUUAAAUGUUUUUUUUUUUUUUUAUUCUUAGUGGAAAGACCUGAUUUUGCAACCACAUUAUUCUGUAACACACACAGAUGUUUAAAAUAAGGAUGUUUAAAUGCAACCGAAUCCCAGUUUGAUAUAACAAUAAUGAGAUCAGAGCCAUAUAUUUUGUUAGACUCUAUAACUUUAAAGUUCUGUAAUAUAUUAAACUAUAUUUAGUCAUUGUUA